AGGAGAGCGCCACCACCUGGUGGGUUAGAGGUUAGCAGUCUUGUGCUACUGUCCGUCAAAAUGUCUGCAAAAAGGAAACAGUCGACAGUCCUCCCUCUGCAGACUUCCCAAGAGCCCGAUGGGGGUCUGGUGGUGAAAAUGGAAGAGGAGGAAGAGCUGGCCUGUGAGCCCGAGUCUGGACUUCCCCGCAGCAGCUACAGUCCAGACACCUUCCGCCAGCACUUCAGGCAGUUUGCUUACUCCGACUCCACAGGGCCCCGGGAGGCUCUGGGCCGGCUCCGCGAGCUCUGCCAGCGCUGGCUGAGGCCCGAGGUGCACACCAAGGAGCAGAUCCUGGAGCUGCUGGUGCUGGAGCAGUUCCUGGCCAUCCUGCCGGAGGAGCUGCAGAGCUGGGUGCACGAGCGUCAGCCAGCCAGUGGAGAGGAGGCCGUGACCCUGCUGGAGGAAGUGGAGAGAGAGUUUGACAGGCAGACGGAGCAGGUCUUACUUUUUGGACAAAGGAAGGACCUGACUGGAGAGGAGCCGGUGCCUUGGGAAGCCCCUGUGCAGUUCCCAAGUGGCCGGCUGGAGUCUGGGAGGCAGAAGCUCCCGUGGGCCGCAUGGGAAGUGCAGUCCUUCAGACAAAAUGAUGAAGACACCGGAAGUGUAAGUGUGAUAACGGCUUCAAGGCAGAAGACCAUUCCUUCAGGCCGAGAACCGUACUGUGGUGUUUCUAACAGUCUCCCUGUGACUGCCUCCUGGAGUCCUAGGGGUAGAGAAACCUGUGAACAAAAUGGCGGAUUUGAAAGCAAACAAGAAAACCCCUCUCGAAAAAAACAACACAAGUGCAAUGAAUGUGGCAAAGUCUUCAGCCAGAGCUCAGCCCUUAUUUUACAUCAGAGAAUCCACAGUGGAGAGAAACCCUACACAUGUGACGAGUGUGCGAAAGCUUUCAGCCGAAGUGCAGUUCUGAUCCAACAUCGAAGAACUCACACCGGGGAAAAGCCCUUCCAGUGUCGUGAGUGUGGCAAAGCCUUCAGUCAGAGCUCGAACCUUUUCAGACACAGGAAGCGUCACACUAAAGAGAGCCCACAUAUAUGUGAUGAAUGUGGAAAACAUUUCAGUCAGGGCUCGGCCCUCAUUCUUCAUCAAAGGAUCCACAGUGGGGAGAAACCUUACGGAUGUGUUGAGUGUGGGAAAGCCUUCAGCCGAAGCUCCAUCCUUGUGCAGCACCAGAGGGUCCAUACUGGUGAAAAACCGUACAAAUGUCUUGAAUGUGGGAAAGCCUUUAGCCAGAAUUCUGGGCUUAUUAACCAUCAGAGAAUCCAUACUGGGGAGAAACCUUAUGAAUGUGUUCAGUGUGGGAAGUCAUAUAGUCAAAGCUCAAAUCUUUUUCGACACCCGAGAACUCACACUGGGGAGAAGCUCUAUGCAUGCUUUGAAUGUGGGAAAGCCUUUGGCCAGAGCUCAAAGCUGAUCAGACAUCAGAGAAUUCAUACUGGAGAGAGACCUUAUGCAUGUAAAGAAUGUGGCAAAGCCUUCAGUUUGAGCUCAGAUCUUGUUAGACAUCAAAGAAUCCACAGUGGUGAAAAACCCUAUAAAUGUUGUGAGUGUGGAAGAGCUUUCAGGGGCAGCUCAGAGCUCGUUCGGCACCGGAGAAUUCACACGGGAGAGAAACCUUAUGAAUGUAGUGAAUGUGGAAGAGCUUUCAGCCGGAACUCGGCUCUUAUUCAGCAUAAGAAGAUUCACACUGGGGACAAAGGCUAUGAGUGUUUUGAAUGUGGUAAGGCUUUCGGUAGGAGCUCUAUCCUUAUUGAACAUCAGCGAAUUCACACUGGAGAAAAACCUUACGAAUGUAAUGAAUGUGGCAAAUGCUUCAAUCAGAGCUCGGCUCUCACGCAACACCAGAGAAUCCACACUGGGGAGAAGCCUUAUGAAUGCACUGAGUGCAUGAAAACAUUCAGGCAUAGGUCAGGCCUUAUGCAGCAUCAAAGAACACACACCCGAGUUUAAGCCUCUGGGUCAGAGUUGUGUCAUGGUGAAAUGCAGAGUUCAUGGUGAGGCUGAGACUGCACAGAAGACAGGAUUUUCCUGAGAGUGGGAUUUCUAUCUCCAGCCAGGUCAGUAUUAUAGGAAAAGAAACACAAAGAGAUACUUGGGACUGUCGAAUGGAAGAAAAGAAUUGUUUUUAGAUGUAUUUAAUUGAAAGUCAGGGUGAUGGAGACCAUGAAAUUGUGCUUCUGCUGGUUCACUCCCCAGAUGACUGCAACAGCUAGGGCUGGGCCAGGCCAAAGCCAGGAGCCUGGAACUCUAUCCUAGUGUCCCCUACGGGUGGCAGGGGGUCUAGCACUUGGGCCGUCUUUCACUGCUUUUCCAGGGGCACUAACUGAAAGCUGGAAUUGGAAGCAGAGCAGCUUGGAACUCAGACUGACCCUUUGCUCCAAAUGAUGUCAAAAGUGGCGGCUUAACUCAUGGUACCACAGUGCUAACCCCAACGGAAGAGAAUUUCCACCCAGGUCUUUUUUUCUAAAGAAUGGUAGGUGUUUCCUGGAAAUGUCCAGCCCAUUUCUGGAUGAUUCUCAUCAUUAUUCCUUUGACUCCUCUCCCUACCCCGAUAUAUCUGCCAACCUGUACCUUCCCAGUGAGUCUAAGAAUGCUGCAGAUUCUGAAGGAACUCUCACAGGAGGAAUCCUGAUGGGGUUACUCAACUCCCUAAAAGUUGUCAGGCUGUAAAAUGUUGAAUUAUACCUCAGAUCAGUUUAAUAGUACCUGACGGAGAUUAAUAAUAUGAAGGAUGGUGGCUCAUUAUGCCCUCUUGCCACUUGUCUCCUAGCCCUGAGCUGUCUACUGAGAUCAAUACAGGUCUGUUUAUUUGUUGAGCACCUGACAUGUGCUAGCCAUUUGACAGACACAGUAAGGGCUCAUGGGGUGUGUGUGUGUGUGUGUAUACACGUAUAUUAUAUAUACAUACUGUUAAUUGCAGUAGAGGAUGAUGUAUUUUUUGGUUAGAUAAAUCGGCCUUCUGUUCAAGUAUGUGGCAGGGUACCUAAUUGAUCCGCCAGGCAGUGAAGACUUCUUGGAUGAAAUGACCGAUCAGUUGAUAGCUAAAAGGUAGAAGUUGGCCAGGUCAGGAGCAGUGGAGAGGCAGAUUAUGGCACAAUAGCACAGGGAUAAGAGAGGACCUUGUGGCCUCUCUUUAUCAGGAUUGCUUUCCUUUGCAGUGUGAAUUACUUGUCAUAUACCUGGGCUCAGAGGCUAGCACGUUGUUUUCUCCCUUCCUACCAAGUUGGGAACAUCACCCCACAUCUCAAGUGAUCUGUAAGACCUUGAAGUACUCAGAAUUAGUGUGGAGAAAAACUAAUAGUUACACCAUAUGCAAACAGAUACAUGUGCACACCAAGGAGAGAAUAUGUUGGAGGACACAGAGACAGUGGGGACUGUAAUGUUUUGUCCCAGGUUCCUGUGCUCCAGGCAAUGGGACACUUACCAAAAUAGUGAUGGGAGGGAUCCCUUCUAGGCCCGUGAUUCCCCAUUCCGUCCCUGGCCUUUCCAGACUUGCAGGCCCUACGCAACUUCAGGGAAAUAAAUAUUGGUUGACUUAUCCCCAGAUUCCUCAAAACUACUCUCCUGAUUUUUAUUUUGGCAGUUUUAAUUAACCCACAAUUGCUGAAGGCAAUUAAUACCUAAGAUUCCUGAAGACUUGGUGAUCAUAUCUAUUGUGAGUAAAUGGGGAGGCGAGAUGGGGAGGGAAAGACUGUGUCCAAAGGUUGUGUGAUUGAGAUCAUCAUACCAGUCACCUAAUGUCCUGUGGGUGUCAUUCAGAUGACUUAGUGUUUUAGACAUUGUUUUUUCCCUAGACUGUGUAUUAAUUAUAACUGUUGCUAGUAGUGCAGAAGAUAUGUCACCUUACAGUUGCAUUACCCAUAGAAAUGUUAAUAUUUUAGAGUACUUUAUCAGUGUUUCUUUUUCCCCUCAAACCUAAUAUUUUUGGUAAAAUUCUAAGUAAUUUUUAUUAACUAGUUUUACAUUUAUACUUUGAGUUUACACUUUAGUAAUAUAAUGUAAUACAAAAUGUAUUGUAAUAAAAUUUGAGUUUUGUUUUGCUUUAAAA